AUGUACGGUCUUGGAAUUCGAAUCGGAUCUUACCUCCAAUGGCUAUCUUUGCUUAUAGCUGCCCGUUACGUCCCGAGCGAACUACCGGGUCUGCGGACGUCAAAUGCCUUCUUCACAUCAGCAACUUUCAUCGGUCUUGUCGUUGAGACUGCUCUCCAGGACAUCGAAAUUACCGAGAUAUACAUCACUAUGUUAUUGGUAUUUGGCUCUCAAUACAUUUGGCUGACCGCAAUGCUCUGGCGCGUGUUUACCCCUUCCGAACCCGAGUCAUCGAAAUCAAGCCUGAUGCACUGGUUUUCCUUCGGGCUCGUCCAAGUUGCCCAGAUCGGCUUUCAAUUGUGGUUCUGGAUAUUCAAAGUUGCAAAAUUUGCAAGAAGAGAAAAUACAUGCCAGCGAUUCGGGUUCGGCUUUUACAAAUUCGGAUUGACCAGCGAUGGCUUCCGCAUCUUCAACAUCCUCCUGAAGGCGGCUUUGCUAGUCCUGACAGUUGUCUUGUUCGCUUUGUAUGCCCGACACCUUUCGAAAGCUAAAUCGAAGAAGGAAGAAAACCGAGAUCAUACUCCAAAGCAGUGGAAGAAGGAUUUCUUUAUGGCGUUUCAAAUCGCAUCAAUCACCAUCGUGAUUCUUGCAAUUGAGUUGACUAUAUCUUUAUUCCACUAG